AUGAAUUCUCGUGAUGAUUUCAUAAGAAGUUUUAGGAGAGAGAAAGAAAAGGAGCAUGUGGGAAAGGAGAAAGAGAUGGAGAGAGAGAGAGCGAACAUUGAAAAUCCUUGGGGAAGGAGGGUGAUAGAAAGCAUCAGCUAUCAUCCCUCCUACAGUAAGCACAGGAAAAAAAAUCCUGACAGUGAGAAAAGAGAGGAAAAUCGUCGCGAACGUGACAAACGGAAGACGAAGCUUGAAGCAGAAGAAAACAAAAAAAAACGAAAAGCUUGGCAGAAGCAAAUGUGUUUUCAAUGUAGUUGCCAGCUGAAGGCAAAGAAUGAGAAUUUAGCAAAGAGAAUUGAAAUGUAUCUGAGGGAAAUCGAUUUCCGAAGAAUUUCAACUCUUUUAAAUAUUUCGAUUAGACUUUAA